CUCCAGGUUAACUUCUGAUAUUGCUGAAACAACCAACACACCGUCUCUCCGCUGACUCAGCGAUGCACAACUCAUCGCGUCUAACUUUUUGGGGAUCAGGUGGACGAAGAAAUUCUCGUAGCAUGUACCUCAUCUGCCUCACUUUACCAGGGCAGCAGUUGCUCUUGCAUUCUCAUUUUGUCCAGCCACUUAAGACACCGACAUUCACUCUGUGCUUCUAACCUCAACUGUUAUCCGCCCCUGACGUCAGUUCUGCUGUGAACGCAAGCCCAAGCCUACUCUCUCUGGAAGAGAUCGUCCCGCCUCUCAUGCUGUGAUAAAGAAAGAGAAAAGGCAACACCACGAUAAGGAGAUCAAUUCCAUUGCGAACUCCGAAGAACCGGUUCACGCCGUGCGUGAUACCUGAUGUCCCUCGCCGAAUCCGCCGCGACGGCGGUGCAUGUUAUCGCGACGAGUACGGCCACCAACCAGCCGGGGGGUGUGCAUGAGCUGUGGCCGGAUCAGACGAAAAGUCAGCGGGAUCUGUAUACGCAAUUGGUGAUAAGUAGUGUAUUGGGAUUGAGUGCUUUUCUGGCGUUUUGUGUGCUACGGCCAAGAUGGACGGAGUUGUAUGCGGCUCGAAGACGGCAGCGCAAUUCUGCGUCUCAUUUGCCGGAAUUGCCUGAUAGCUUUUUCGGUUGGAUACCGGUUCUCUAUCGGAUUACGGAUGAGCAAGUGUUGGAAUCUGCGGGUAUGGAUGCUUAUGUGUUCUUAUCAUUUUUCAAAUUUGCUAUCCGCUUCUUGUCGACCCUCUUCGUUUUCGCCGUCGCGAUUAUCCUCCCAAUUCACUAUACAUACGGUGGCAAGAAAGGUAUCCCAGGGUCAGACAAUGGAGAUGGGGGAGAUGACAAUAAAAAAAAGGUGCUCUCUCCGAAUUACCUGUCGAUGUACGUGAUUUUCGCGUACAUCUUCAGCGGGUUGGCAGUCUACUUGCUCCUGCAAGAAACGAACAAAGUCAUUCGCACCCGUCAGAGGUACCUUGGAAGUCAGACCAGCACCACGGAUCGGACGAUUCGUCUCUCAGGCAUCCCGAAGGAAAUGAGAUCGGAAGACAAUAUCAAGGAGUUUAUCGAGGGCCUACAAGUUGGGAAGGUCGAAAAUGUCACUCUUUGCCGUGACUGGCGUGAACUGGAUGGCUUGAUCGACGAGCGACUUUGCGUACUGCGGAACCUCGAACGGUCGUGGACGAAAUACCUGGGGUACAAACGACCAAGCAGAGCUAAUGGGGACGUUAUGCCCAUGACAUGGCAACAGGCCGGUGGCUCCAGCCUGGUCCUAGAUGAUGACAAUGAGCGGACCCAACUUCUGCCGGACAGUGCUCGAGAACGCGCUGCCCACAGGAAGCGUCCGACAGUGCGUAUCUGGUAUGGACCGCUGAACCUGCGCUACCGGAAUAUCGAUGCAAUUGAUUACUUUGAAGAAAAGCUGCGGAAUUUGGACGAUACGAUUCUGACUGCUCGUCGGAAGAAGUAUACGCCAACUGGAUUGGCGUUCGUGACGAUGGAGUCUAUUGCUGCUUCUCAGAUGGUUGUUCAGGCGACCCUCGAUCCCCAUCCGAUGCAGCUUUUUGCCAGACUUGCUCCUGCCCCAGCCGAUGUCGUUUGGAGGAAUACGUAUGUGUCGCGUGCCAGACGGAUGAUGCAGUCAUGGUCAAUCACUAUAGCCAUCGCAUUCUUCACAGUUUUCUGGUCGGUGCUUUUGAUUCCCGUCGCCUAUUUGCUGCAAUUGGAGACUCUGCACAAGGUGUUCCCUCAGCUGGCGGAUGCCCUUGCUGAAAACCCGAUAGCCAAGUCGCUGGUCCAGACCGGUCUUCCUACCUUGGCUUUGUCGCUAUUGACGAUUGCUGUGCCGUAUUUGUAUACCUGGCUCUCUCAUCACCAGGGUAUGAUGUCUGGCGGAGAUAUUGAGCUGUCGGUGAUUUCGAAGAACUUUUUCUUCUCAUUCUUCAACCUGUUCCUCGUCUUUACUGUCUUCGGUACUGCGUCGACUUUUUACGGCUUCUGGGAGAAUCUGCGUGAUGCCUUCAAAGACGCAACGACCAUUGCUUUUGCAUUAGCCAGGUCCUUAGAAUCAUUUGCCCCGUUCUAUAUCAAUUUCUUAGCGCUGCAGAGCUUGGGUCUAUUUCCAUUUCGGCUUCUCGAAUUUGGCAGCGUUGCUAUGUACCCGAUCAAUUUCUUCUAUGCAAAGACGCCACGGGAGUACGCCGAACUGACGACGCCACCGACGUUCAGCUACGGCUUCUCCAUUCCACAGACGAUUUUCAUUCUGAUAAUUUGCGUGGUAUACAGUGUUUUCCCCAGCUCGUGGCUCAUUUGUCUUUUCGGACUGGUAUACUUCACCCUUGGCAAAUUUAUUUACAAAUACCAGCUUCUCUACGCAAUGGACCACCAGCAACAUUCCACUGGCCGCGCUUGGCCCAUGAUCUGCAGUCGUGUAUUCAUGGGCUUGAUGGUCUUUCAGCUCGCGGUGAUUGGUGUGCUCGCCUUAAGUAAAGCCGUCACUCGCUCCUUGCUCCUCGUGCCUUUGCUCGGUGCAACUGUCUGGUUCUCUUACUGGUUCAGCCGCUCCUACGAGCCGCUCAUGAAGUUCAUCGCCCUGAAAAGUAUCGACCGAAACCGCCCAGGUGGCGGGGAUAUCUCUCCCUCGCCAUCAGCGACUUUCUCCCCUCCGUCGGGUCUUGAGCGUGAUGCACUUCCUAUACGUGUUGGCGGGCAGGAGCUGGGGUUGAAAUUGAGUAAAUAUGUGAACCCGAGUUUGAUCCUGCCACUGCAUGAUGCGUGGCUGCCAGGACGGAGUGCGGCGCCGAAUUUUUCGGGGGCUUUUGCGGGUUAUGAGGCGAUGAACGGAAGUGGUGUAUCCGUUUGAUGGCUUGUGUGCAUAAUUCAAGCGGACUUCGUUCAUAUCGUUCCCGUCCUCUUGUUAUGUUUUCUUUCCUUUCCCUUCCACCGAGUCCCUUGGCUUGACAUGAUGUUACAGCGUUGAUUGACGAUAUACGACCACGACUACGAUACCACCUUGCUCUUUGAUAUCUUGCAUUCGUUCAAUGUUAUGCUUGGGUUGUUCUGGAUAGACGUAGUGAUGCCGCUAUGUCCCUGUUAGUUCUCGGCUUAGACUGGUAUGAACCGACUUUAUUCCAAGUAAAAUAGUCUUACAAAUUGGACAAUUACAAAG